AUGGCGCGCAUUGGGGCUGGUCGCGGCGACGGUCGGCACCGGGCUGGUCAGGAUCGUGACCUUCGGCUCGCUGGCGGGAUCGAUGCUGCCCUUCGUCCUGCAACGGCUGGGCUUCGACCCGGCCAGCGCUUCGGCGCCGUUCGUGGCGACGUUGGUCGAUGUGACCGGGCUGGUCAUCUACUUUUACGAUCGCAUUGGCCAUCCUGUCGGGACGUUGCUGUAAACCCUUUACGGGUUCGACUUCAAUACCCACAUAGUCCACGCGCAUGGCCUGCGGCAGGGCGGCAUCAUCGACGCCCUGCUCGCCACCCCAGUCGCCACCGAUCGCGGGUUGAGGAUCAGGGCAUAGGCCGGGUGAAGGGCGGCCGCCGCACCGCCCGGCCGGUCGUUGCGCACCUUCAUAUAGGCGCGUCCAUCGACGCCGAUCGUGAUGGCCUGCGGCGUCCAGUCGAGCUGAUAUCGGUGAUAGGCGGUGCAGGCAUCGGCGACCCGCGUUUCCGCCCCGCGUUGCGUGCCGCGUACGUGAUUAUAGGCAGCAGGUGGAUCGUUGCAUGGAUCACAUUAGGGUUCCAGCCGACCAUCUCCAUGACGUCGAUCUCACCCCCCGCCGGCGGGGGCGCGCCACCCGUCGGCAACAGCCAGAUGGCAGGCCACAUGCCACGCCCGCAGGGCAGCAGCGCGUAUCUCGUAAAAAGCCGUAACCCAGCGUCUGGCGUGUCACCAGCUUGGCGGAGCUAUAGGCCUGCCCACCCCAAUCAGGUUCGUCCUUCAACGCCUCACGCCGCGCCUGCGCACCAGCGAUCCAUCCUCAAUCCGCGCGUUGGAGCGAUCGGGACCGGCAUAAUAUUGCAGCUCGCGAUUAUACCAGCCGGCUUUGUUGCGAUCCGUGUCCCAGCCCCAGCGGCUGGGAUCGAUCCGGCUCGUGAAUUCAUCGCCGAAACUGGGGGCGCGAUCGGGGGCGCCAUAGGACCAUCGGCCGCAUAG